AUGACAUCUUCAUCUUGUACAGGAGCCAUCAGAUUUCCCCCUCUCGCGCCGUCAAGUGAUGAUCUCGAUGAGGCUCAACUUGUUCAAUACAAUUAUCUGGCAAAUAUCACAAAGGCUGUAUACAAAAAUACUAUUGUCACGGAAGAUGCAGAUGGAUCACACCAAGGACCCUUCAACAUGUUGCUUUACACGCCAACGGUUUGCACAACCUUGGUGAAUUUGCAAUUAGCCGUGGCUGGCCUGCUUGUCCCAAGCGAAGCUGAGUGUGCUGUUCUCGGCGUUUCAUCAGUCACCAAGCGACAUAUGAACUUUAUGCACACAAGAUCUUGGCUGAGAAAGCAGGCCUAA